AUGCAACAUGGCCAUCUUUUUCUUCGCCUUGCCACAGAAGAAAAAGUCACCUUUAUGAGUUGCCAGUGUAACAAUCGGAAGAAGAUAUUUGACUCCUCUCUUGUACGCGCGGCUAUUAAGAUGAACGCUCGUCAAGAAGAAGGUCCCCCUCAGCAGCAGGAGGAUCCACAGCCCCCCCGCAUUAAAGAGGAAGAUGAGGAAGUGUGGAUCACUCAGGAGGAGGCUCAUCUCCCCAAGCUUCCACUGACUGUGAAGACUGAAGACAAACUACCCGAGUCCUCACACCUUCACCACAGUCCAAAUGUUUGUGAGGAACAUCUUCUCCCUAAGCAGCAGGGGUGGAGCUUCAGGAUGGCGAAGGAGGAGCCACACACCUCCCACUUUAAAGAGGAAGAGGAGGAGCACAGCAUCAGUCAGGUGAGAGAGUUCCCAGUGACUGUGAAGAGUGAAGAUGGUGAGGUCAAAGGUGAGAGAGAGGCGGAGCCUCCAACAGAAGGUGAGAGAGACCACUGUGGAGGACCACCAGCAGACAAGAUGUUAGCUCCACUAUCAGAUAGUGACGAGACGACGUCUCACUCUUCUGACACUGAUGAUGAAGACUCUAAAGAUAAAACACACUUGACAUGUUCUCACUGUGACAAAACCUUUAAAUACCCCACUAAACUAAUAAGAGACAUGAGAACGCACACUGGAGAAAAACCCUUUUCCUGCUCAGCCUAUGGCGACUAUGUCACUCAAAGGCAACAUUUGAGAACAGACGCCGGUGGGAAACCAUACUCCUGUUCGAUCUGCCACAAAAGCUGCACCGACCAAUCGUCGCUCGGCGUGCACAUGAGAACACACACCGGGGAAAAACCCUUUUUAUGUACAGUCUGCGGUAAAGGUUUCGCACAAAGCGGCAAUUUGAAAAACCACGUGAGAAUACACGCCGGGGAAAAGCCCUUUUCGUGUUUGGUCUGCGGCAAAAGCUUUGCCCAGAGCGGUAAUUUGCAAAGUCACAUGAGGACGCACACGGGCCAAAAACCCUUCGCCUGUCCCAGGUGCGACAAAAGCGUCCGCGACCGCUCGUCGCUCGCCAAGCACAUGAGAACGCACACCGGCGAAAGACCCUUUUUCUGUUCAUUCUGCAAUAAGAGUUUCACGCAGAGUCACCAUUUGAAAAAACACCUGAGAACACACACAGGUGAGAAAGUGUAGAGUGGCAGUGAAAGAUUGUCUUCUGAGUAGCAGUGGAAGGAACACAGCAGCAGGAUUUGAAAUAAACUAUCAAAACUUUCACUUUCUAACA